AUGGGUUUGCAGAAAGAAAAGCUUAUCCACAAUCCUGAAAAUGAAGACCUAGAGGUUUCCGAUCAGUCCAUUUCUCCUCACAACUUCCAAACCCUAAUUUCUGCUGUUGCAUCUUCGGAGGGUCUACAGCUACCACUGUUGAGAACGUUGCAUUAUCUGCUCAUCCACCUGUCUUCAAACCAACAACGGAGUGCAAACUAUGGUGAUCAUUUGGAUGACUUGGACAUGGAAAUUGGUCGGUAUGGAAUCAGGGUGGCAUUCAAACAAAUAUGUAAGCUCUCCAGUAUCCUUUUCAAAGAGCUCUCUAAGAGAUUUAAUAAGUUCUUUGCUACUUUAAGUGAUGUUUCUACAAGGAGUGCUCUUGGACAAGCGGGCUUGCCCUUGGAUAUGAGGAUUGCUGCUGAAACGGUAAAUUUGCUAUUAAGAUGUUGUAUGGUCAUCUUGAAUUUGCUUGUGCCCCAACAAUACCUUCUUCUGGAAAAUGGCAAAGUUCUUCUGGAAAUUCUCAGAAAGCUAGGCUCACUGGAUUUAGUUAGAACACAAGACAAAGAUACCAUCAGCUUUGAGAAGUCAGUUUCUCAUGGAUGCACAUAUAUUGACAAAGGCUGCACCACCUCCGUCAGAGAAGACUUUGUUGCCUCCCUGCAUUUCUUGGAGCCUUCUGAUCCACACCGUCCUUUUCUAUGUGCAAUGCUUGAGGUAAUUCAACAAUUACAACCUUAUCUUUAUUAA